CGCUGGCUUGGCUUGUCUACAUACUCGUUAUCACUGACCAGUACUUAGUUCAGCUCCGUGCAGACCAGCCGACACUGUGUUAUCCCACCCCAUUCUCAGCGGAUACUUGACUCCUGCUGAUAGCUCAACUUUCGAGUCCUUAGACCUAGACUUAGAUUUAUACGAGAUGGUGCAGAAAUAUGGAGCAGUGCUCACAACCGCGGCUGGCGCGAGCGCAGGUGACAGCGAGAGUAGUACCCUUCUUGCAGGGGAAGCUGCUCCUAUGCUGAGUUCUGUGAGCAACCUCUCAAAUACAAUUAUUGGCAGCGUUUCUGCUAUGGCGUCUUCUGGUAUCAUACCAGGAAUCCUCACAUGUGUAUUCUCUGGUUGUGCUGGCGCCUUCGGUUUAUACCUCCUCUCCUUAUCGGCUAGACACGCCCCGCAUAGAAGCAGCUCUUUCUUUGCAGUUGCACAGCUUACGUUUCCGCAAGCUGCCAUGUUCUUCGAUGCUGCGAUAGCCAUCAAGUGUUUCGGAGUAUCUACCAGCUAUCUCAUCAUCAUCAAGUCGCUCAUGCCCAAUGUUGUGGAAUCGUUAUACCAUGAUUUGACUUCACCGGACACUAAUCCGCCUGCGUGGGCCUUGUCAGGUCGGAAUUGGAUUACAAUCAUUAUGUUCAUUCUCGUCCCUCUUGCUUUCUUUCGUCGUCUGGAUAGCCUUAGAUACGCAAGUUACGUUGUCCUAUUCUCUGUCGUAUACCUCUUGGCUAUUGUCAUUAGAUGCUACUUCAAUCCUUUAGAAGGUACAGCUCCAGCUGGCGAUAUCCAUCUCAUCCACUUCACGCCGACCUUCAUCUCGACGUUCCCUGUGCAAGUUUUUGCGUUCACGUGUGCCCAGAAUUUAUUCCCCAUCUUCAACGAACUGAAGACGAACUCGCAGCAGCACAUGAAUAUUGUUAUUGGGACUUCUAUUGGUACUGCCAUCAUGAUAUAUGAGGUCAUCGCUCUCUUUGGCUAUUUAACCUUUGGUUCUAAUGUUGGCGCUAAUAUCAUCGCCAUGUAUCCCUCGACAUCGUUAUUUAUUGCUAUUGGACAGCUGGCUAUCGUCGUGCUCAUCAUGUUCUCGUAUCCACUGCAAGUACAGCCUUGUAGGAAUUGCUUGGACAAGAUUUUUGAUGUAGGAGCCCCUAUCAAGGUUUCCAAUAGUAAUAAUGACGAUGAAAUUGUCGAUGAGGAUCAUGCCGUUGCCGACACGUCCCUUUUCAAACAUACACUGCUGACCGCUGCUAUUACCGGUGUCGGUUUCCUUAUCGCGUACUUCGUUGAUAACCUUGAAAUGGUGCUCUCUUUUGUUGGCGCCAUUGGAUCCACUACCAUUUCGUUUAUUCUUCCCGGCCUCCUCUUCUGGAAGAUCUCUCGAGACGAUCCCAGUGUAAGCAGAGUGCUCAACAAAGCUGCCCUUGCUUUAGCAGGAUACGGGUGCUGUGUAUUUGUGUUCUGUUUGGGUUACAAUAUCUAUCGAAUUUUUAAUCCCUUAGAAAUUUCUUCCCACUGACGGGAUGUCCUUCAAAAAAUAUACGUACAUGUACAUUUUAGCAGAAUUAUAAUUUGCAAUCACUGAUCACGUGCCCGUAAA